AUGCAGAGUGGAAAAUAAAUUGGAGACUUUAAACUCCUUGAGGAAUUAGGACGGGGGUCCUUCGGUUGCGUAACUCUAUAUUAAAAUAUUAAUUUUAAUAGGUUUAUAAAUGUUAGAAUAUUUUUGAUUUAUCCUAUCAUGCUAUUAAAAUUAUUCAAUUUGAAUCUCUCAGCAAUAGUGAUGGAAUAGUCGGAGAAUUACUAAAAGAUGAGAUCAGUGUCCUAGCUAAAAUAGACUCUCCCAAUGUUUUGAAAUUAGAACAUUAUUUUUAAUCGAGGUCUAAUUGCUAUAUUUUAAUGGAGUAUUGUAAUGGUAACUCUUUAAUUAAUAUGAACUUAUAGGAGGAGACUUGGAAAAAUAUUGGGAAAGAGAAGGUAGAAGAUUGCAAGAACAGAAAGUCAUAGAUAUUAUAAUUUAAGUUUUAAAUGGAUUAAGCGAAUUGCAUAAAUUCAAUAUAAUUCAUAGAGAUAUCAAAUUGGCAAAUAUUUUAAUGCACAGCGAUUAAGUCAAAAUAGCAGAUCUUGGAUUUUGUAAAUAAUUGAAAAACAAAGUUUUUAUUAUAAAUCACAUCUAGGAUAUGGAGGUCACCUUGUGUUUGGGAACAAUUGGGACCAUGGCACCAGAAGUGGCUAGAUAUGAUAGCUAUGGCUUAUAAUCAGAUAUAUUCUCUAUUGGAUGCAUAUUCUAUUAGCUACUCUUUGGGGAAUUGCCUUUCGACUGCUCAGAAGUUAAAGUCUAUUUAUCAGCCAUUCGCCAAUGUAUAUAAAUAUAUUGUUUAGUAUAUAGAGAAAAUCGAUUUUUAAAGGUAUGGGGUGGUAAUUCAAAAUGAGACUAAAGAAGUCAUUGGCAAAAUGUUAAAGGAAGAUCCAAAAGAAAGAUUAACCUUUCCUUAAUUAUUUUAGUAUUCCAUGUUCACAAAAAUUCAAAAUAUGUCUAAAGUCAGCUAAAUAGCCUAGAAAAAUGUUAGCAAAAUAGAAAUUUCUCGUUUCUAUGAGUAGGUUUAUAACAAUAAAAAAGAUGUUCAAAUUUAUUAAGAAGGGAUGAAUUAUCUGAAACAAAAUGAAGAAGCCUUUAAAUCUUAGUAAUAAUCUUAAUAUGUUGAGAGCCUAUAGAGAGUUAAUUAAAUUAACAAUAAUCAUUAAAAUUCAGAAAAUGUAUCUAAGUUAGCUUUUGAAUUAAGAGCUACCUAAUAUUUGUCCCAACAUUAAUAACCAAUCUCUGAUUCGCUAUAAUAACUCAAAGAUAAAGAAACUAUUUACAAUACAGACAGAACUUACAGUAGUAUUCACAUAAAAAGUUAAAUUGGUGACUCUAGUAGUCGAUAGAAUACACAAAUUGUUCAAAAAUAUCAUUUUUUAUAUGAUGCUUUGUAAUUUUGCUUUAGGACAUAUAAUGAAAUCAAUGAAAUAUAGUUUGAUAAUUAAAGCUAAGUAAAUUUGACCAUAUAUCAAAGUCCUUAAUUGGCAAAUUUAUGCUCCUCAAAAGAAUUAGAAAUGAAAGCAAAUGUUAUCUCUAAGAUUUGGAGAAAAAUCCACAAUUAUAAGAAUUGAAAGGAGGCUUCUUAACUUAUAUUCAAAAUUCACAAUUUCACAUUGUGCUUAACUAGAUGUAUUAUUAUUAAAUUUUAUCCAUUAGAAAAGGAAACUAGAAAAUUUUCACUAAUUUGAGAUAAGAAUAUAAUAAUGAACUCUAGGAGUAGGCAACUGGAGUAUUUUCAUUGAGUUAUUGCCAAGCAUUAAUGGAACUACACGCAUAAAUUAAAUAGGAAAUCAAUAAAUAAGCUGAAAUUAAAAAAAAGAAGGAUUUAGUAAUUGUUUUGCUACAUAUUUAAAAAUGUAAUCGUUUUCAAGAUUUGUGUUCAUAAAAAAUAGAUAUUGAUGAAGAAUUCUUGAAUAUAAAAAAGAAAAAUAUAAUUGAUAUCAUCAAGAAAGUAUAAUAUUGA